AUGCCUUCAAGCGUUCAAGUGAGGGCAGAGAUUAUUACGAUUCACAACAUUUUAGCUAAAGCCGCAGAAGGAAAGAAAGACGAGGGAAACCUUCAAACACUAGAAAAAAUAUUUCUUGCGAUGAUUUACGAGUUGAGAAGUUCACAACGAAAUCUGGUGCUGCGAAAAAAAACUUGCAACGUGAGCAAUUAUGAGUUUGAAUUUGGCAUCGUGCAAAUUGCUUUCACAGUGUCUGGGUCGUCGUCGUCGGCUGUUCAUAAAAGAUUUCUCUCAACUUUUCAUUUGACGCUUUAUGAUGAAGAUGAAAAAAAAAAAACAGCAAUUUGGAAGAAUAUGCUAAUUAAUCAUUGA